UCUCGACAGCACUUCAAGACUUAGACAACGCGACGAUCCGCGUUGUCUCACAUGGCUGCUCGGAAGACCAUCAAGGCCCAGAACUGUGCGCAGCGCAUUGAAGUCGCGACCACUUCCAGGUCCCAAGUGGUCAUCUCAGACUUAGCAGCAGCUGAUGCAGAGAACCUCUUUGCCCUGUACGACUUUGAUGGCAUAUCUCUUCUCCCCCGUGGGAGUCUCACAGAAGUACUGCGAGAUGUUGGAUUGGAGAAGGAGCUGGGAGAUGACUUUGCAGCCUUCUCCAAACUGGCCUUUGACUCGCACUCUGCAGAUUCUCACUUUUUGUCUCCCCACGAAUUCAAGCAGCUCUACUACCGCUUGAUGCAUCGGUAUCCACGUUUGCUGCCCAGGACGCCAGCUUUACGAGUCACCGUGUACGGAGCGAAGAACUUGCCGCCUGCAGAUGUGAAUGGGAAAGCUGAUCCCUAUUGCACCAUGCAACUGGCAGGAAAACCGCACAUCAAGACCCGGACGCGACAUCUUGAAAAGACCUUGGAGCCCAGGUGGGGUGAAGAGCUCACUGGGAACUAUGCUUAUCAGGAGGGAGACGAUCUCCUCUUUGAGGUUGUCGACUAUGACAAGGGUUCCCUGCAAGGGGAUCUCAUGUGCAGCUGUGUUGUUCCCAACAAGGAGUUCCACAGACCUGGUGGCUUUGACGGUUCAUGGCCAAUGACCUUGGCCCCAGAGUUGGCGAAGCUCAAAGGUUACACUCCGGCCCUGCGAGUACGAAUUCAAGUGAUGGCCUUCCCGGAACCGCCGCCAAGGAUGACCAUCUUGAUUCGUCAUGCGGAAGGAUUGCCACCUGCAGAUGCAAACGGAAAAUCAGAUCCGUUUUGCUCUAUGCAGCUGGUUGGUAAGCCAUAUUCCAGGUCUACGACAACGAUCAAGUCGCGGACGCUGGAGCCUGUUUGGAAUGAAACCCUGACGGACAAGCACAGAUACGAAGUGGGGGACAGCAUCUCUUUCAAAGUCUGGGACUAUGACAAAGCUGGAGGCAAUGAUUUGCUGGGUGAAUGCGUCCUUGACGGCAGCCAGUUUCACAAGCCAGGCGGAUUUGAUGGCGAGCUGAAACUGGAGACCUCUGAGACCAAAUACACGCCCUGCAUCAGUGUCAAGAUCCUGGUGCGUGAGGUCGAGGAGGCCACAGCAGCAGCAGCGGCAGCCGCAGCCGCAGCUGGUGUGGAGGAGGAGGCAGCCCAUGAGGUGGAAGAGGUUGUGGAGACAGCCUAGGUUCUCCGGACCAAUCUCACCCGGUGUUUGAGCCGAGAUAAUGGACGGGCCACGCAUGCCUGUCGAUCCUGUCCAAGACGGAUAGAUCGAAAGCAACUAAUAUCAUCUAACCCAUUUGCUUUUCCCGGCUGAUGUUGAACUUGGCUCUUGG